UUGACCCUUUUUAAAUAUGUAGUUGAGUGAAUGUGUUGGUGGCCUCUCUGUUCAUGUGACCUACACCUUUGGCUUGCUGUGGUUUUUGUUCAGAGAGAGUUCUGAAUGACACUUAUCUUAGUUGAGGUCAAUGUAGUCUGUCACACAAGUGAAGAUGUGAAAGGAUUAUUGAACAUUAAUUUCAUUGAGCUUCAUCAUGACUGGAUACCUGCUGUUAGUCUUCCUCAUGUAUUCAUUUCCUCAGUUGAAAGCACAAGUUGUUCUUCCACCUACACUGACUGUGAAUCCAUCAGUGAUCACAGAAACAGACUCAGUCACACUGAACUGUCAGCCUCCACCAUCUCUUUCUGUGUCUGAGUGUUAUUUCCGCUUUAUAAGAGAACAACCUGCCAUGAGGUCCCCAUGUGUGAAGACUAUGACAGGAGCUGAACUGCUGAAGAUUACCCGUCAGAGUUCACCUGCUGUGGUUAAAAUGACAUGUUUAUACCUUUAUGGGUAUCAAUCUCCUCAGAGUGAGACAUCUUCUCUCAUCAUUCGAACUUCUCUUCCACCCUCACUGACAGUGAAUCCAACUGUGAUCGAUGAGACAGACUCAGUCGCUCUGAACUGUCAGCCUCCAUCAUCUGUUUCUGUGCCCCAGUGUUAUUUCCACACAUUAGGUGGAGGAUCUGGUAGAGUUCGCUCUUGUCUGCAGACUCUGACAGGAAGUGAGCUGCUGAGGAUGUCAUAUCAGAGUUCACCUACAACGAUUAAACUGACCUGUUUUUACACUGAGAAGCUUGGAGAGGAAGAUUCCCCAUCUCCACACAGUGCAGUGUCCUCCAUCACCAUACACCGUCUAACACCAAAACUGAGUCGUCAUUUUGAUGGUGACCUUGUUCUCUUCACUUGCUCUCUACCUGGAUCUGCUGCUUAUGGAACAAAGUGUAACCUGUACUUUGGAGAAGCAAGUCGUCCAGCAAAAACAGCAGACAUCUUGAGUAAAUCAGCCAAAAAAGAAUCCUUCUGCCAGUUUUUUUUCCCAAUUGCUGGUUUACUGAAUCGACUGCGUUCAGUUAAACAAAGGGAUGCCAGCUGUGAUUAUACAUUAGGAAGUGGAUCCCACCGUCUAUCUCCUCGCAGUGAUAGAUACAGCAUGAUGGCAGUUCUGACUGUUAGUCCACCAAGUAACACUGUUCGUGUUGCUUCCACUCUCAAAAUAUCAGCUACACCAUCAGUAACGGAUAUGACGUCUCUGAAUACAGACGCUGAGGAUGGAACAGGUGUAAGUGUAAACAUGCCUGACAGUAAAGACAGCACUGUCCCUGAAACCUCUGAGAAAACAGCUUCAGCAGAAAGAGGGAUAUGGAAGUUCGUAGCAGUGGUCACUGGUUGUUGGGUAACUGUGGGUGUCCUGUUGUUGGUUUCUGCAGUCCUCUGUAACAAAAGAAGAGCUGGUGAAAAUGUAGACUGUUUGUACAGGAAUCUUGUUGGUCACAGAGGAUUGCUCCCUGCAUGUAAAGAUGAAACCUACAGUGUGAUCACAUAUGUAAGGGGAGCUGACAUCCAGGAUCUGAAUAAUGAACAAGGGACAGACAAAAAAUGAGCUGACCCACCUCCAUCAGCCCUGAAGGACGUUCAGGAUGUUCCACACCUUGAAGCCACAUAGAAACCCAUUAUUUUUAUGAUGUGCAGAAAAAAAAGAAAGCAUUCAGCCCAAAGAACUUAAUUUAAAACUUGGGAAUAUUACCUUUUUUUCUUCUUUUGAAGUAUUGAUGAGGGAAACUGACAUACUGUAGGUAAUAUAUGUGGUCCACUCUUCUCACAAGUUCUACCCUUCAGUCCUGCUUUAGGUUGGAAAAUGGGAGCAAGGUGACAUAUCUGUAAUCUGGGUUUAUGUGUACAUUUGAUUUGAUCAUGUUUUAUUAUGAAUGGCAUAGUUGCAAAUAAUUCUUUAUGAGCACAAUAACAAAACGUCUGUACCAAAUAAACUGCAGAUAGAUUGUAUUUUUUUAAUCUUCAGCGAGCCCUGGUGCAUUGUUUUAACCAAAAAGGCCAGAAAUCUUAAAUUACAACUGAUGUCAUCAACAGAGAAGGGCAAAGUGAUGAAGCUCAAACAACAUCAGACUGUGGUUGAUAAAAGAAGUUACUAUUUCUGUCCACAGCAGUGGUCAACUAGUCCUCUUAUUGAACCAAGUGUUAGAUUUGUUGUCAACUCAGUAUCCAACUCUCUCAAAGUCAUCUAUUCUGCCAAAGAGGCCUCUCAGGGGGUGAGACGACUGAAUGAGUCCAUUCAUUCACCCUAAUCUAUCCACAUUCAUGCCUUAUCUGUAGUACGUAUCCUUUGGUUUGUAGGAAGGAAGUCCACUGGGUUGUACAACAUUACUGUAAAUACUCUGAUGUUGCUUGUUUCUCUUGAGAAUGCAUUACCUGUGCUUAUCUUUGAAAUAUGAUUGUAUUUGUUUCAACAUCAUGUGCAAAGAUUUGAUUUCUAAAGAUUAGUCUCUCAUUAAACACCUGUUCAUGUAA